ACAUACUAGCUACCUGCAAUACUUGAAUUACAGUUUUUUGGUCUCCGAAUUCCCCGUUUUGCCCUUACCCUCCCCUAUAUAACAUCCAUUUCUCCCCCUCAUUUGUCCAUCACAAUCACAGCUUCAUCCCCCACAACAAAAUCUCCCCAAAGGAACUAACUAGAAGAAUACACAAUAAAAAAAUGGCCUGCAGGCUUGUUUCUACACUAGGAGGCAUCCUCUGUCUUAUUUCGCUUGUUCAUGGAUUUGAUGACGGAAGCUGGAUGCAGGGCCGUGCCACCUUUUAUGGAGGCAGUGAUGCUUCCGGCACUAUGGGUGGAUCUUGUGGAUAUGGAAACUUGUUUAACACAGGGUAUGGGACGGAUACUGCAGCACUAAGCACUGUGCUUUUUAAUGAUGGCUUCAGCUGCGGAGCUUGCUUUGAGCUCAAGUGUAUCAAUUCCCCGAGAUGGUGCAGAUCAGGGUCUAUUAUAGUCACCGCAACUAAUUUCUGUCCUCCUAAUGAUCCUGGCAACUGGUGCGAUCCUCCCCAGCCUCAUUUUGACCUUUCUGAGCCUGUGUUCCAAAAAAUUGCAGACUCUACUGGAGGAGUUGUUCCUGUCUCUUACAGAAGGGUGCCUUGCGAGAAGAAAGGAGGAAUAAGAUUCACUAUAAACGGACACUCAUACUUCAACCUGGUACUCAUCACAAACGUUGCAGGGGCGGGUGACAUUAAGGCUGUAUCGAUAAAAGGUUCAAAAACAGGUUGGCUAGCCAUGUCAAGGAACUGGGGACAGAACUGGCAGAGCUAUACUUUACUUGAUGGUCAGAGUCUGUCUUUCAGAGUCACUAGCAGCGAUGGCCGUGUUCUGGAGUGCGACAACGUUGCCCCUGAAGGCUGGUCUUUCGGCCAGACCUUCAGUGGCGGGCAAUUCUAACUCAUCCAACAAGCCCUCUGCAUCAGUAGAUAAUUGUCAUAUACAUGUACUUGUUGUGUUGUAUAGUGUGGUUUCUGGUUACAGAAGUGAGAAUUAAGGCUCGUAUUAAGAGGCUCACUUCAGUAACAUGUGUGUUGUCUGGUUAUUAUGUUGGGAGAGAAUAACAAUAGGGGUGGUGAGAAUAUUAAUCACCACCCUGGCCGCGGCUGCGGCUGGCCGCUGUAUCUUGGAGGCAGCUAGCAGCUAGCAGAGCUCGUUGGUGAAGAUGUGACUGGAGAUUUUGUUGGGGGUCUGGAUGGAGUCAACAAAUUUGGCUGCUGAUGCUAAAAAUGACCUUAGCAAUGAUGAUAAUUUGUAUCACUUGGCAUGUAUAUCUAGUCAUGACAGAAUAAAGCAGAGGGCCUUUGUUUGUCUA